CCACUGCGCCACCAGGGAGGCCCGUUUCAUGUUCUUUGGAUAGAUGCUGCAAUUUCUCCAGCGUGUACCUUCUGUCCUGUCCGCCCACUCUGUGCGCACCCCCUUCUCCAGUACGGUGUCCUUGUUUGAAGUCCUUGAUACAGAUAGGAGCCUGGAGUGGAAUACCAAGAGGUUGCUACUAACAAGUUCCAAGAGUUCGAGCCUUCUAAGGUGCUGCAGGUAUCCAAGUUGGAAUCUCUGGAAAAAGAGACGUGAAUAUCUGCAAUGCUAUUUCCUGACAAGAAGUUGAUACAAGAGAAGGAAAGAUCAGCAACUAGUGAGCAGAAUUUUGAAUAACCAGGAUUUUGUAUUUAUCACCUCAAAUACAGACUUCUGUUGUCUACUUUAAAUCAGAGAUAACUGCUUUCAGAACCCAGACAAGGCGAAAGGAUACUUUUCUUCUGACAUUUUUGAGAUCAAAGAAAUUGCAAUGUCUAGGAAACAAAACCAGAAGGAUUCAUCAGGAUUCAUUUUUGAUUUGCAGUCCAAUACUGUACUGGCCCAGGGAGGAGCUUUUGAGAACAUGAAAGAGAAGAUAAAUGCUGUGCGUGCUAUAGUUCCCAAUAAAAGCAAUAAUGAAAUCAUCCUGGUUUUGCAGCACUAUGAUAACUGUGUGGAUAAAACAGUACAAGCAUUCAUGGAAGGUAGUGCCAAUGAAGUACUCAAAGAAUGGACAGUAACAGGCAAGAAAAAGAACAAAAAGAAGAAAAGCAAACCAAAACCUGCAGCAGAAGCAAGUAACAGUAUCCCAGAUUCCAGUAAAUCGGUUUCCUUUCAAGAAGAGCAGUCUGCACCUUCUUCAGAGAGGGGUGGUGUUAAUGGUUAUCAUGUCAAUGGUGCCAUCAAUGACACUGAGUCUGUAGACUCAUUCAGUGAAGGUAUGGAGACACUUUCAAUAGAUGCCAGAGAAUUGGAGGAUCCAGAGUCUGCCAUGCCAGAUAUGCUGGAUAGAACAGGGUCCGUGUUGGAGAAUGGUGUCUCUGAUUAUGAGUCCAAGGCUUUGACUAUGCAUUCCACUCAGAAUUCUCAACAAAAUAGGAAUGCUGGCAAAUCUUCCUCAAGACCUAAUACAGGGCCUCAGUUUUCAAAUCUGGGCAUGGAAGAUGUUCCACUCUCCUCUACCAACAAAAAACUAGGCUCCAAUAUUGAAAAAUCUGUGAAAGACCUCCAGCGCUGCACAGUGUCUCUUGCACGGUAUCGAGUUGUAGUUAAAGAAGAGAUGGAUGCUUCCAUUAAGAAAAUGAAACAAGCCUUUGCUGAAUUGCAGAGCUGUUUAAUGGAUCGAGAAGUGGCACUGCUUGCUGAAAUGGACAAAGUUAAAGCUGAAGCAAUGGAAAUUCUGCUCAGCCGACAAAAAAAAGCCGAAUUUCUGAAGAAGAUGACUGAUGUGGCCGUUCGAAUGUCAGAGGAACAAUUGGUUGAGCUCAGAGCUGAUAUCAAGCACUUUGUUAGUGAACGUAAAUAUGAUGAGGAUCUGGGACGCGUAGCCCGGUUCACCUGUGAUGUAGAGACCCUGAAGAAGAACAUUGAUUCAUUUGGACAUGUGUCCCAUCCAAAGAAUAGCUAUUCUACCAGAUCCCGAUGUAGCUCAGUUACAUCUGUGUCCUUGAGUAGCCCGUGUGAUGCCUCUGCUGCUUCCUCUUCCACCUGUGCCUCUGCUCCCAGCCCUACAAGUGCUAACAAGAAAAAUUCAGCACAAGGAGAGACGCCUGCAGCUGCAGCAAACUCCAGUGGCCGGCCCUACCAGAUUCAUCCAGAGGUAUCGCUGGGAAACCGAAGAGGAGGACAAGGCUACAGGCCGCAAGGUCAAAAAUCCAGUGGCCCCGUGAACCAAGGGCGACAUGACAGUGGGGGUCGUUACAGAAAUAGCUCAUGGUAUUCAUCUGGCUCCAGGUAUCAGAGUGCUCCACCCCAGGCACCCGGGAACACUAAUGAAUGGGGCCAGGCUUACUCCACAGGGACUAAUGGAACUGGAGCCAGCGCGGAGCCUGGCCCGCCCAAGCCCACGUUCAAAAAGGGGCUCCCGCAGCGUAAACCCAGGACCUCUCAACCUGCAGUCGUGAACUCUUGAAGGAAAAUCCAGUUGGCCUCUCUUCUGUCCCACAUUUUGACUUGAUAACUGGACUUUGGGAAACUUAUAAUUAGAUUUAAUAACAAAAAGAAGUUUACUCAUAUCACUUUUUGUGCCAUUCUAAAUAUUUUUGGUUUCCUCUUUCAUUUCUUCUUUAUCAUUUUUGGAAGUGAUGCUGGUUUUUUUUUUUUCCCUUGACCUUUCCCAAUGAUAUGGAUUGAUUCUGAUUGGUCAUUGCCACCAGGAAUCAUAGGCAACUGUUGCUAGGUUCCUCAAGGGUAAGCAGUGUUCUUCCCUGUGCGCCAGGCUUGCAGUUGCCUGAGGAGGCCUUCCUCAGCACCUGCUGCUGCGCAGGCUGCCUCGAGGAGGUGGGUCAGCACUCCUUCCUGUUGCCUUUUCCGUCUCAGUGAACAACAGCAUAGUAGGAAAGGCAAGAAAGGGCUUGUUUUCUGCUCUGAGUGAGCUGGAGGAGGGGAGGGUUAAUGGGUGGAAAGGAAAGGACACUGGGAAACACUCACGCAUCUCUCUCUGCACCCAGAAUGUACCUGAGACUGACACUCAGAUCAGGGCUUCAGUCUCCUGCUUGGCAACCUAGCCUCACAUGCAACUUCUUCAAAAUGCCUAAAACCCUUGUUUGCUAUUACCUGAGACUACAAACCAAUCUAGGGAAAUCUAUGGGAAGGUAGCAUUUAAUUAAAGUUUAAAAAAAGAAAAGUAUUUCUUUGUUUCAGUGUUUGAAGAUUUCGUUGUUGUUAUUCUCUUGACUGAAUACCCUAUUCUGAUCCUGAACCAAAUUUCUAGCAAUAUAAUUAGUGUUAUCUAAGGUGUUACCUAUCAAAUAAUUGCCAUCAAUCUUUACAGUUGAAUAAAUAAAAACAACUGCAUCAGUAUUCACACAUUUGUUUCGCAGCAACAAGUGACU